GCGCGCACUCGCCUCCAUCACCGGCCGGAGCGGGAGCCGGAGCGGAGCUGAGCCGGGGCCGGAGCGGCGGAAUGAAGCCCCCGCGCGCGCCCGCGCUGCGCCGCCUGCUGCCGCCGCUGCUGCUGCUCCUGUUGCCGCUGCUCCCCCGCGCCCGGGCCAAGUACGUGCGGGGCAACCUCAGCUCCAAGGAGGACUGGGUGUUCCUGACAAGAUUUUGCUUCCUCUCGGAUUACGGCCGGCUGGACUUCCGUUUCCGCUACCCUGAAGCCAAGUGCUGCCAGAACAUCCUGCUGUAUUUCGAUGACCCCUCCCAGUGGCCCGCCGUGUACAAAGCAGGUGACAAGGACUGCCUGGCCAAGGAGUCUGUGAUCAGGCCGGAGAACAACCAGGUCAUCAACCUCACCACACAGUAUGCCUGGUCAGGAUGUCAGGUGGUGGCAGAGGAGGGAACCCGCUACCUGAGCUGCUCCAGUGGUCGCAGCUUCCGCUCUGUGCGGGAAAGGUGGUGGUACAUCGCUCUCAGCAAGUGUGGGGGAGAUGGGCUGCAGCUGGAGUAUGAGAUGGUCCUUACCAACGGCAAGUCCUUUUGGACACGGCACUUCUCGGCUGAUGAGUUUGGAAUCCUGGAGACAGAUGUGACCUUCCUCCUCAUCUUCAUCCUCAUCUUUUUCCUCUCCUGUUAUUUCGGCUAUCUGCUGAAAGGCCGUCAGUUACUGCACACAACUUACAAAAUGUUCAUGGCUGCUGCGGGAGUGGAAGUCUUGAGCCUGCUGUUUUUCUGCAUCUACUGGGGCCAGUACGCCACUGAUGGCAUAGGCAACGAGAGUGUGAAGAUCUUGGCCAAGCUGCUCUUCUCCUCCAGCUUCCUCAUCUUCCUCCUGAUGCUCAUCCUCCUGGGGAAGGGAUUCACGGUGACACGGGGCCGCAUCAGCCACUCCGGCUCUGUGAAGUUGUCUGUCUACAUGACCCUGUACACGCUCACCCACGUGGUGCUGCUCAUCUAUGAGGCAGAAUUCUUUGACCCAGGUCAGGUACUGUACACGUAUGAGUCUCCCGCCGGCUACGGGCUCAUCGGGCUGCAGGUGGCAGCCUACGUGUGGUUCUGCUAUGCCGUGCUCGUCUCCCUGCGCCACUUCCCGGAGAAGCAGCCCUUCUAUGUGCCGUUCUUUGCGGCCUACACCCUCUGGUUCUUUGCAGUUCCAGUCAUGGCCCUCAUUGCCAAUUUUGGGAUCCCCAAGUGGGCCCGGGAGAAGAUCGUCAAUGGCAUCCAGCUGGGGAUCCACUUGUAUGCCCACGGCGUGUUCCUGAUCAUGACUCGCCCAUCGGCGGCCAACAAGAACUUCCCGUACCACGUGCGCACGUCGCAGAUCGCCUCAGCUGGGACCCCAGGACCAGGAGGGAGCCAAGCGGGGGACAAGGCCUUUCCUCAGCACGUCUAUGGGAACGUGACGUUCAUCAGCGACUCGGUGCCCAACUUCACGGAGCUCUUCUCCAUCCCCCCGCCCACCUCCUCCGCCGGGAAGCAGGUGGAGGAGACAGCGGUAGCGGCGGCGGUGGCCCCGAGGGGCCGCGUGGUGACCAUGGCGGAGCCGGGCGCAGCCUCCCCGCCCCCUCCCGCUCGGUUUCCCAAGGCGGCCGACCCGAGCUGGGAUGGCCCGACGCCCCCCUACCAGCCGCUCGUACCCCAGACGGCGGCGCCGCACACCGGCUUCACCGAAUACUUCAGCAUGCACACGGCCGGGGGCAACGCACCCCCGGUCUGAGCACCCCCGACCCUUUAGGGCCGUGCACCGGGCCCCGGCUGGGCUCCGGAUCGCCUCCCAACUCCCCAACACCCCCCACAACAGCCCCGAGUCCAGGGCUCGGCCAUCCUAGGCCUCCCGACCCUCCCCAGCCCAGUCCACGCUCCCCAACGGGGAGCGCUGCGUCCCGUCCCCCCCGACCCCCUCUCUUCUUGUGCCAAACGGUCCCGCGGGAGCCGCUCUCCCCAUCCCCUCCCUCAGCCCCUGCCCCGAAUGGCGCCGGAUUCUGGGCUCCCGCUCUUCCGUGAUCUCCGGCCCCCCGGCCCCCUCCGAGACCUCUGACCCCGCCGGACUCCGGAGCAUCCGUGACGACGCCCGCCGGGACGCUGCCCACGCGGACUCCCCAGGACCCGCGACCCCGAGCCGCCGAUCCCGGGACGGAGAUGGUGACGCCGGUCUCGACUCACAAACCCUCCCUCGGACCUGUGACCUCGGGCCCGCGGGCUGUCCGCUCCGGGAGCCUUCCCUCAGGCCCCUGGCAGAAAGACUCUCCCUCUCCCGCUCCCCCCAUUUCUCCCACCAUCUUGCCAAAAUAAAGGGGGUUCGUUGAGUUUUUAAUCUACAA